CUUUAAAUGAAGAAUAUUCUUUUCGAUCAAUUCUCUUCAAGUUCUACAAUCCAAUAUAUCCAUAUUAAUAAUCCCCCCAAAAAAUGGUCAGAUUAAGGGCAAAGUACAUCGUUUAAAGUUAUGGUAUGUAAACUGUAGGAUUGUCAAACAAAAUAGAAUAAAGCUGUUCAUGUUGAUAUGACUUAUAUGGAAUGUUAAUUUGAAUCAGCUUAUAUGUUAAGUGAAAUUGUUAAGUUCCCAUGAUUAGAAUAAAUAUGGAUCAGAUAGGGUGAGAGAAAUAAUGGUGCCAUUAUAAUUCGAUCAAACGUUUAGUGGAAGACUAUAUUGUGUAAAAAAUGAUUAGUAAUACAUAUUAAGGUGGGAUGAAUGCAAAGCAAAUGAAUCCUGGAUUGGGGAGAUUAAUAACCAAUAAUAAUAAUGUGUAAAUUACCAACGUAAAUGAUCUAUGUCAAAUGACUGGGGGCCUACUCCAGUUAGACGGGAAUGGUAUAACCAACAACUAACGUAGAAAUUACAUCUCAUAGUCAGCACCUAACGUGGAUUAUCCCUUCGUCGUAUUGAGGUACUAUGGAUGGUACAACACAAAGGACGUUAUUAUGGAAAUAUAUUAGUAAGAAUGAGUAUAGAGUAGAUAGUAAGACCACCACCACAUUGGCCAGUCCAUGGCAUACGAUUAACCGAUGCGCGUUGUUUGUCUUUGACUUUGUUAGGGAUCGAUGACAUGUUCAGUAAUCAGUGACCCAACUGUCGGAUGAGUUGGCUAGGGCUCAGUGACAUUUCACCGUCUCUAUAGUAUACAAAAUUGGUCAAGUGAAAUCAUUUAUCCGUAGGAUUUUAGAUGAACAUUGAUUGGUUGGAAAAAAUAAUUUGAAAACUUGCCGCUAAUAACGCUCUUUUUAGAGAGUAGGAAAUUUUCCUCUUCGAAACUCCUAUAACUUUCUCACGUUUGAAAUCAAUGUUCAUAUAAAGUGUUUUCGUUGAAACCGAGAUUAAAACUAUUAUUAGUUUCUCUGAUAAAAAUAACGUUUUAACACUUUUAUUUAUUCUGCCUCACUGUUAUCAUGUUUAAUAGAAUUAGAAAAUCACAAUUAAUCGACUGUUGAAGAAAAAAUAUUAUAUUUUAUAUGUGGGCAACUAAAUGCGUGGGUGCUAUAACAUACAAACACACGACAACGUUAUGUGCCUUAUCAGUACACGGUACAAGAAGGAGAUUUAAACUAUGUACCAAAGUUACUUAAUUUAGUAGUAGAUAUUAAUGGUAGUAAGGGUAACUAAGAGGAAAAAAUGGCUAAUCGAAUGAGCGAUAUGGGUAUGGAUGUACAGAUCAAUCGUCGAUUGAAUAGUAAAUAUGAUGCAGAGAGUGAAGCUGAAGCCAUCAGUUGGUUAAAUCAAUUAACAAACGAAAAUGUACCAUUUGGCAGAGAAAAUGUUGCAGCUGCUUUGAAAAAUGGACAGAUAUUAAUCAAGUUGAUUAAUGUCGUGUUUGAUGGUACUGCAUCACUUCCAUCGGCUGCAGCUAAAAUGAAAAGACCAUUCAAAGCUAAUACAAUGACCGCUCCCUUUAAACAGAUGGAAAAUAUUCAAACUUUUCUUAAUGCAGCAGUAGCCUAUGGAGUACCCCGAGCUAGUUUAUUUCAAACCGUUGAUUUGUAUGAAUUACGCAAUAUGCCACAAGUUUUAAAUACAUUACUACAACUUGGAACUGAGUGUCAACGUAACAAUUUUAAUGGACCCGUAUGUGGCCCCAAGCCAACUUAUGAAAAUAAACGUGAGUUCACUGAAGAACAACUUAGAGCAUCCGAAGGCAUAAUUGGUUUGCAAGCUGGAACUAAUAAAUGUGCUAGCCAAGCCGGAAUGAGUCAUGGCGGACCUCGACAUAUUACAGAUAUUAAAGUGGAUGCUGCUUCAAAAGAAGGCCAGGGUGUUAUUGGUCUCCAGAUGGGCUCAAACAAAGGUGCUACUCAAGCUGGAAUGAGUCAUGGUGGACCUCGACAUAUCACCGAUAUUAAAGUGGAUGCUGCUUCGAAAGAGGGUCAAGGUGUUAUCGGUCUCCAGAUGGGCUCAAAUAAAGGUGCUACUCAAGCUGGAAUGAGUCAUGGUGGUCAGCGACAUAUUGCAGAUAUCAAAGUUGGUGAUAUGUCAAAAGAAGGUCAGGGUAUAAUCGGUCUUCAGAUGGGUUCGAACAAAGGUGCUAGUCAAGCUGGAAUGAGUCAUGGUGGUCAGAGACAUAUUGCAGAUAUUAAAGUUGGUGAUAUGUCAAAAGAAGGUCAAGGUGUCAUUAGCUUACAAAUGGGCGCAGGUAAAGAUCAAGUGGCUUCACAAUCUGGUAUGAGCUUUGGAGCGCAACGUCAUAUUGUUGAUUCACAUUAAAACAAUCAUCAAUUGCGUCUAAUCUUCAUUUAUUUCAUAAGGCUUUCUGCUUAUUUACAAUUACAUCAUCAGAAUUAUCAUUCCUAUCUUACCCUAUUACUGUUAUCAAUAUGCUUAUCAUUAAGCCCUUUUCAUAUGACCGUCAAAAUUGAUCAUAUUUACGCUUAAUAUGAUAACUAUGAUAGUAAAGAGGAAGUAAAAUGUUCAAAGAGAAUUAAUGCAAUCUUAAAGGGUUAAACAAUAUUUCAUACUAUUUAUUGUAGAAUGAGACAACUAUAGAAUGUUCUUUUGGUGUUUUUUGCUUUUUAACUAUCAAAAUGUUAUUCAUGUAUAAUUAAAUCUUUAUUCCGAUAUUAAAUAAGAAAUAUAAUUUUUCCGCCUUUCACUAUUUAAGUUUAUUGUUUACUAUUUAUUUCAAAAGUAACGCUUCAUUAAGGUUUUCUCUCUCUCUCUCUCUUUCUCUCGAAAAAGUUGUUGCUAUGACACUCUUCAUGAUUUACUUUUACUUUUGAGGUCAGUUUUGAUCCAUAAAAUUGACCAAAAAAUGAUUUUUUUUAUAAUGUAUUUAUUCACAUUGUCAUGGAUCUGUUUUACCACUGCUUCUCUGCUAUCACUAUUAAUAAUAAUAAUAAUAAAAGGUUUGU